CAAGUAGUCCUAUGAUUUGUAAUAAAAGUCAACCGAUUAUUACAUGUGUUACUACAGUACUGUAUAUAUUAACUAAAACGUUCACUUAAUAGUCUAUUUAUUCACCAUAUAUUUGUAAAGGCGAGAUUCACAUCCAUAAUGAUCUCAGAAAUGAAGUUUCAAUUGAUAACUAUAGUCAUUACAUUUACACUGUUAUUAUGUAUGGCAUCGAUAACAUCGGCCAACAAUCUCUUCAAAUUGCGUUAUAAUCAGAUAAAUGAAAAUCCAUUAAAUCGUAUCCGAAGAUCAAUCGAUGAAUAUUAUGACUCUUUGACACCCGAUAUGUACGAACCACUUCUUAAGGAGCAUUCAAUUCUCAGAUCGGCCGCUAAAAGAGCCGCUGCAAUGGGUGUCGAUUUACCGGACUAUUUACUGCACUAUAAGGGUAAUGGUUGGUCUAAUUUGGGAUCAUUUCGGGAAAAAAUGCAAAAAAGUGGCAAAUAGUUGACAACA